CCGGCAGUGACGUCGCAGACGCCGCCAUAUUGAAAUGUUUCCCCUCUCCUCCUCUUCUUCACUGAGCUCAACAGCAGCCAUCAGCUCUCGCGUUUCAACUGGAGACAGGGACAACAAAACAAACAUGGAGAUAGACACUCUUCUGGAAGCUCUCAAAGAUUUUGACAAGAAGGUAAAGAAAGAGUCAUCUCCGGUGUUGGACCAGUUUUUAUGCCAUAUUGCAAAAACUGGGGAAACCUUGGUAUCCUGGUGUCAGUUUAAAAGCUACUUCAUAUUCAAACUGGAGAAAGUAAUGGAGGACUUCCGAGCAUCGGCCCCAGAGCAGCGAGGUCCUGCUAACCCCAACAUAGAGUCUGUUCCUUUUGAAGAAAUGAAGGAGAGAAUUCUUAAGAUUGUGAAUGGAUACAAUGGGAUCCCAUUCACUAUCCAGCGCUUGUGCGAGCUGCUCACUGAACCGAAGAGGAACUACACAGGGACAGAGAAAUUUCUCAGAGGGGUAGAGAAGAAUGUAAUGGUGGUCAGUUGCAUUUAUCCUACAUCUGAGAAGAAUGGCUGCAGCGGUGUGAACAGAAUGAAUGGAGUCAUGUUGUCAGGGAACACAUCUGUCUUUACAGACAGAAAAGUAAAUGGUCCAGGAACGCCCAGACCAUUAAACAGACAGAAACACUCCAUGUCCAGUUCACUGGCCACAAAUGGCCUUCCGGACAGUACAGAAAAUAAAGAAAUGAACACAGCACAAGGACACAACAAAUCGGCCAGUGAUGCAUCUGUAUCAGGGAUUGGUGGGCCUCUUGGCAGCUCUGUGAAAAACAAACACUUAGAUGAUGAGGAAGAUGAGGGAAUGGAGGCGGAGGAACAUGAAGUAAAGAGGCUGAAAUUUAACCAGGAUUGCAAUGAUGAAGAGGAGGAUGAAGAUGAAGUAGACCAGCAGGUUAUCGAGAGACCGAGAUCUACGUCAACUAAUAGCUCCUCAGAUAAGUCAGAGGAUGCAGAAUCACCGUCAUCCAUGUUGCAUGAGGGGAGUGAGGAAGAGGAGGAAAGUAAACCUCAUGGAUCAGCUGAAAGCUCAGAGGACCAAGGUGCGCCUUCGAGCACACAGCCCGAGUGUCCCCCUGCAGAUUCCAGAGAGGCUUUUACUGAAAGAGAGGUUCCCUGUGGCUCUGAUGACUCUUCAGAUGAGCCCAGCGAUAUGGACCAAUCAGAGCAGAGAGCCCCAGCAGGCGUGUCUUCUAGCCCUGAGGUGAGAGAAGGGGAGGAGCCAAGCGAGCAGGUCAGCAGCAGUAGCACUGAUGAAAAUGCCUCUGGACCCACAUCCAGCAACAGUAGCAUAGCGUCACCCACAGAGGGCGACUCUGGGUCAGGGGCCCAGGACUCGGAGAGCGCAGAGGAGGAGCCAAUGGAGCAGGACUAGAAGCCUGUAGACUCAACAAUAACUGAGUGCUUUUGUGGAGAUUAAGAAGACACACGUUUAAGUGGCCUUCCACAAAGGCCGUCCGAAGCAACAUCCAACCUACCGCCAUGCGCCUUUUGGUCGAGAGUCCACCUAACUUCUCCAACCUUCCCAAACUGACACUUUAUGCAGAUGUACAUAGGAUUUUAUUGCUGAAGUGAGGGUUUUAAACUGUCUUUUUUAAGCGGUUUGACUGAAGUUUUUUGAUGUCUACCAAUCCCACUGUUAACUGACAUCACUAAAAGCUACUUAAAGGAAUAUUCAUUGUUAAAUACAAGUUAAACACUACGCAGCUGUAGCAUACCUUUUAGUUACUACAGGAAAUGAUUCCAGCUCAGUUAGAUAAAGCAAAAGUGGAAGUUGCUUGCUCAUAGAUCUUUGUUGAAAUAUGUUACCAUAAUUUACAGCAUGGCUGUUGUUGUUGUCAAAGCUUAACUUGUAUUUAACCAUGAAUUUUUCUUUUAAUAUUUAAGUCUUGGUUCUUGAAAGUUCAAUCUGUAUUCAGUCUUGUUCUAAGCUUUAGGUCGGCUAGGACGUGUCUCCUCUGCGUAUUGGUGUAUUAAUAUUUUAGUCACCUAGUGUCAAGCAUCGAGACAGUGGAGUUUAUCGUCUUGCUCUAUCUGAAGACCCAUAACUGGCUGACUGGCUGACAGGUUACGUUCCAAGCAAUUACAAGCCAUAGCUAUCUUUUGUUCUGUUAAACAAAUCAAGCCUAAAGUAACAUGGUUUCUUUCUGGUUGUUUGUGUGUAACUGACAGGAUGUAAAAUCAUUUCUCACUUUUGUAUUUUGGUGCGGUCUCCGCUGCGUUGGAAGUGAGUGGUUUAUGUCAGCUACAUUUACCUCUUAAUUCGAACUGAUUUCAUGAUUCACAUUAAUUUAUACCAGCAUUUCAAUCUCCUAUUUUAUGAGAAGUUGUUUUGAUUUUUGUUGUUUUGGAAGGUUGACUGCUCUGACUAGCUCAAUUACAGUGUCAUUUGUGGCAGUCCAACCCCAAGUUGUCUCACCGAUAACAGCUGGCUGCCGUUUUGCAGCUGUGUGUUUUUGAUAUUUAGAAUUUUUAAAUUUCUGUAAAGUAGUGUUUUGUAGAGCGUUGUGUUCACU